AUGCCAGUCAUGUCUGCCGAUGCUCAGAAAGAUGCUCUCCUCUCCCAUGUCGUCUCCCAGAUAGAACAAAACGUACAGUUUCUCAUUUCUCAGAACUACAUCUCUCAAGCGGACGCAUCAGUCUUUUUGACCAAGUUACCCAAUAUUAAUGCUAGUCAAACGACAGGGACUCGGUCAGUAAACGCUGUACCAGCACCUUUUGGCAGGCGUAUAAACGGAGCACCACCCCCUCCUGCACCUGCACCUGCAACAGCAGCCUCGCAGCUUUCAACAUGUAGAGCACUCUGGGCAUACAACGAGAGCGGCACGGAUUCUGAAGACCUCUCUUUCUCAGCUGGAGACAUCAUCGAAAUUGUAGAAGAAACAAAUCCCGACUGGUGGAUGGGCAGAGUGCAUGGCAAGCAAGCACUGUUCCCUUCUAGCUAUGUCGAGAGGAUACAAGGCCUUGCACCACCAACGCCUGCUCGAGCUGUACCCCCUACAAUCAGUCACCAGAACAGUAGCGAAAAACCGGUCUACAGGCCGUUUGGUGCCGCUCAUUCUACUGUAAACCAGCCACCGCCUCCAGGUGUUGGGACGAAUAGCGUUGGCUUACAGCAGGAUGAAGGUCAGGAGAAGAAGAAGAACAAGUUUGGAAAGUAUGGUAACACAAUGGCUCACAGCGCAGCUGGGGGUGUUGGUUUCGGUGCCGGUUCUGCUAUUGGUGGAGGCCUCGUUCGUGCCAUUUUCUGA